AUGGGUAUUAGCAAUUGGACUGGUGCAUGCUGCCUGGGUCUUCAUCGACUCCUCGGCGCAAACCAGACGUUCUCCGCAGGCACCGCAGCCUACAACGCCUCCCUUGCUUCCUAUUUUGCCCAGCAGGAAUCGCAACUGUACCCCAGUUGCAUCGUGGCCCCGACCACUGUCGCCGAUGUCUCCACUGCGGUCCAAUACCUGACCGCCAAUGCCACCUGCGACUUUGCAAUCCGAUCAGGCGGCCACAACGUGGUCGAGGGGGCGGCUAAUAUCGCCGACGGGGUGACCAUCGAUCUGCACGGUUUCGACUCGAUCGAAGUCAGUGAUGAGCGGUCCACCGUGACCGUUGGAGCCGGUGCCACCUGGGGUGAUGUCUACAAAGCGCUUGACCCGCUCAACCUCACGGUAGCCGGCGGUCGCGUCGGGCAGGUGGGCGUGGGCGGACUGACCACCGGGGGCGGCAUCUCCUACUUCUCGCCCCGCUACGGGUGGACCUGCGACACAGUCGUCGACUUUGAAAUUGUGCUGGCCAAUGGAUCUGUCGUUCAUGCCAAUGAGCAGGAGAACCCCGAGCUUCGGGUGGCCCUCUGUGGAGGAUCGAACAACUUCGGAGUUGUAACGCACAUCCAGCUGACAGCCAUCGAGCAGGGCCAGAUAUGGGGCGGGUUGGCCUACUACUCCUUCGACACGGUUGACGAGCAGCUGCAGGCGACGGCUGAUUUUAGCAACGCUGAAACCUACGACGAAUUCGCGUCGUUGAUCGUCAGCUUUGGCUUCUCAGGCACACAAGGCGCUGCACUUGUCAACAGUUUGGUGUACACGAAGCCGGAGCCGAAUCCGCCCGCGUUUCAGCCCUUCACUGCGAUACCUUCGGCGAUCAACACGUCGCGCUUGACUAAUAUGUCCGAUAUCUCCACGGAGCAGGGCUCAUUCCAGCCGGAUGGCGAACGUCAGCUAUGGCUCGUCACGACCUUCUACACCAGUGUCCCCAUGCUCAACGCGACCUACCGUCACUGGAACGAAAGUCUGACCGCAGUUCAGGAUGUGGCUAAUGUAGGAUGGUCGUUGUCGCUGGAGCCGUUGCCGCCCGCCAUCUAUGCCCGACACAGCAGUGCUAACUCGAUGGGGCUAUCGGAGACAACCGGCUCCCUGAUGAUCGUACUGCUGAGUGCCAGCUGGGUAGACGAGGCGGAUGAUGCGCGAGUGGAGAAAGCCGCUUGUGACCUCAUCAAAGAUAUUGAGGAUGACGCUCUUGAGCAGAAGGCUUACCAUCCCUUUAAGUAUCUGAACUAUGCAGCCCAGUGGCAGAAUCCGAUCUCCAGCUAUGGCGAUGACAGUGUGGAGCGACUGUGGCGAGCUACUCGGUCAGUGGAUCCCGACUUGGUCUUCCAGGACCAGGUCCCGGGUGGGUUUAAGCUUCCUGUUCGAUGA